UGAAUUUCAACCGUUAAAUUUCAAGCACUUUAAAACGACAAUAGAUUCGCUAAAUCCACUAACAGUUGAUGAAUUUAACAAGAACAUGCGUGGAUUUGCUUGCUCUCCAACACCAUCACCAUUCUUACGUAUAAUCUCCUCCUUUUCUUCACCAAAUCUCCAAUUUCAAACCAAUUCUUCAAUAAUCGUCUGCAGAAUCGAUCACGGGCUUCGUAUAGAGCCCUUUGUUGGUACUCCUCGAACCUUUUUACACAGUUACGGAACGAAUUACUUCUACUUUCGAGAGAAGAAGAGGAUUAGAAAUUACGGAAGCGUCCAGGUGAGAGCGAGUCGGAGAGAAUCCCCUUACGAAGUUUUGGGGGUCUCAGCCUCUGCGUCUACUGAUGAAAUCAAAAGGGCAUAUCGGAAACUUGCUCUAAAGUACCAUCCAGAUGUUAACAAGGAGGUUGAUGCGCAGGAAAGAUUUAUGAGAAUUAAGCAUGCAUACAACACACUUCUGAACUCUAAAUCCCGAGGGAAGUAUGAUACAGGAAAUCAAGCGUCUGAUUCUUUCUAUUCCACGGCUGGAAGAAACCAAAAUAGGACUGCUGCAACUGAAGAAGAGUUCUAUGGAUUUGGUUACUUUUUGAGGGAUGUCCAAAUAACAAUAGAGGACUUCUUCAGAGAUCUCCAGGAAGAAUUUCGCAGCUGGGAGGCAGACGCUGGUUCACGAGAAAAACCAAAGAGCUUGUGGGAAGAACUGGCGGAAAUUGGAGAAGAGUUUGUUGAGUUCUUGGAGAAAGAGCUGAACGUUACAGAUGCAGAGGUAUCCAAAGAUAACAAUGAUGAAAAGACGCAAAAGGGGUAUUAUGGAACGAAGGAAAAAGAAACUGCUGAUCAAAACAAGGCAGAUAGAAGAAACAACAUUGAAGAAAAUAUUGACGAGAUUGAAGCAGCCCUUGCACAACUGAAAAGGGAAUUGGGCCUAUAAGGGAGAAUGAGAAUGCACUGGAAAGCUGGAUUUUCCUGGUUCAACAUGCAUUAGGAAAUGGUUCGUCUAAAAGCUAUUGAUGUUUGAUUGGCACCUUCUUGUCCGAAUAUAAGCAGCUAACUUUGAGAAAUUGUCUGCUGUGCAGAAGACGGAAAAUAGCAGCCGUGUAAGAGGACUAUAUUUUGAAUUAGAAGCUUCACAAAUGGAAGCUAUAAACCAUGAAUUUAAAGUCAUUGGAUUGUACAGUUCUUGCUCCUUUAUGCAUUGUUGUUAAUUUAGCUUCAGAGCCAGUUUCCAUUUUAUGUGACGAAUUCUGAUUUUAGAAGACCAAAUUCACGUGACAAAAGUUUGUAAAUUGUUUGUCUUUGUAAGUGUGUAUGUGAGAGGAAGGGAGAGUAUCCUCUCAUGAUU